AUGCCAUUAAGCGUUAACAACAAGAAUAAUUCGCUGUCAUCGUCCAUUCAAAAUUUGCAAAAUUCUAUAGAAACAACCGAUUCAGUUGAUCAUUUACGACACUAUCAAAUGGAUUUAUUAUCAAUGAAAUUUUUUGAUUUGGCUCAUCGAUCGUAUGCAAAUUUAAAAAUUGAUCAAGAUCGAAUACAACGAAAGAUAAUUUUACAUGGUCCUUUCGAUGAAGUUCAAACAUGUAAAGGUUACUUUGAAACAAUAUUAAAAAAUUUAUUACAACGAGAAUACAAAAUUAGUCGAGAAAUGGCUAUAUUUUUAUCAAAUCCAGAUACAGUUGAUUUAAUUAUUGAUAAUUUGUCUAAAUCUGAUCAUGUUUGUUCAUAUGAAAUUGAACGGGGUGGAUCAUCUCAAACAGGCAUAGGUAUCUCAUCACCAUCAAAAUUAAUAUUAUAUUCUUUGACAAAAGAUCAAUGUGAUCAAGUUUAUAAUCGAUUACGUGAUGAUAUUUGUGUAAGACAAAUUAUGUUAGACAAAGAUGAUAAAAGAUUUUUAUCAAAUGAACAUUGGAUGAAAUAUAUUAAAGAAUUAUAUACAAAAGAAUUUCGUCGACGAAAAGUUCUUUUACAAGUAAAGCAAAAUUCGGUUACGUUAGUUGGCUUUAUUCAUGAUGUCAAAGAGAUGAGAAAGAAAAUUUAUGAUUAUUUUAGAGAAAAUAAUAUUUCAUUUUAUGAAUCAGAUUAA